CUUUUAACCGAGUGUUUUUACACAACAGUUAUAAUAAUAUGAAUGUUAAAUGUUUGACGUUAAUCAUCCGACAUGUUUAGGAGAAUAGCUUAGGUAAUGGGAAAACCUAGCAAACUUGUUCUGCUGGAUUCUUCUUCCGUGAUGAUGCAGAGUUUCUGAACCACCCCGUAAUGACAUCGAUUUUCCAUUAGCGCCGAUUAUAUAACUUGAAACAUUUGCCGAACAGUAAAUGGAAACAGUUUCCCUACUAGAUGUAGCCAGUUAAACGUCCAGACAAUAGUUAGGUACGUGACAAUCUCCGCCGUCGCGGCUGUCAGUUUGGUUCUUCUCGACAAAACUUCGGAUUACCUCAGGCGACGUGCGGAGUAAAGACAGUCUUGAAAUUGUAAUAUAAGUUACAUUUAGUUUAAUUGCUAAACUACAAGUGAACAAAAUUUCAAUGAAUUUGAACGACACGCACGGGUUGUUUUACCACCCGCAAAAUGGAAAACAACGCGACAAAAUAAGGCACAUUGCAAUGGAUGGGAAAACAAAUGACCCCUUUAGCAGCGAAGGCGAGCAGCUUCCUGGUGCAGGAAUAAUGGGCAGACUGUGGCUGCCCAAAGGUAUGUCUGGGAAUAUGGUAAAGGAUUGGCUGGAUCGCAGAAGGAAAGCCAUCCGUCCUUGGGCCAGCUUUGUGGAUCAGCGCAAGUUCUCCAAACCUCGAAACUUUGGAGAGCUGUGUCAGCGUGCGGUGAAGAACAUGGACACCUAUCAAAGCAACUACACCUUCAUUUUCCUGGGACUCAUCCUGUACUGCAUUAUCAGUUCUCCUAUGCUCUUGAUUGCCUUGGGAGUGUUUGUUGGUGCCUUCUAUAUAAUCCACUUGAAGACACUAGAAAAGAAGCUGGUUAUUUUCGGUCGUGAGUUGACUCAGGGACACCAGUUAGGUUUAGCAGGAGGGGUUUCAUUCCCCGUCUUCUGGCUCGCAGGUGCCGGAUCAGCUGUGUUCUGGAUACUAGGUGCUACAAUUGCCGUCAUUGGGUCUCAUGCCGCAUUUCGUGAGCUUGAGUCAUCUGACAUUGACGAACUGCUCAUGGAACCUGUUUAAAUCCACACCUUUUACCUUUAAGCUUGUUACCCUAUCACGUUCACCUUGUUACUUGUAAUGCCACAUAUUGGUUGUACUUUAAAAUAUACAUAAUGAAUGAAACAAUAUCAGUUUACUCAAAGACAGGCCAGCAAAGCCAGACAUCCAAUAAAGAUUUGUUUAAAGACUUAUCAAGCACAUAUAAAGACCUAAAAUGCCUUUACUGGUACCUAUUGUACAACAUUUCCAUUAACUACAGUGUCAAUGACUUCCUCAAAUCACAAAGUUAAUGGAGUGUGCCACACAGCAGAACCUUGAUUUAAAAAUAUAUCAUUUUGUUUAAUUCCUAAAUCAACUAAUAUUACAUUUAGUCUGUACUUUGUAUAUUCUGUCAUUUAAAAUGACUCUCUGAGCUAUCAGGAAUAGCUUUACAUAUGCAAGAAAUUGGUUAUGCUUUCUAAUAAAGCAAACAAACCUAGAUAUCAAGAAUGUAGUUUCUUCAUAAAUUUAGUUACGUAAGGUACCGGUCGUUGCAUAGUGGUUUGUCCUGAGCUAUAUUUAUCAAAUUUGUUCUGUUUUCUUAUUUGCCAUUGUUACAUCAGUGCUAUAUCUAUAUAUAUAAUAUCACACUCUCUAUAUAUGUAUUACUGCUAUGUAAUCAAAUCAUCAUAAUGCCAAAUAUCAUGAAAGGAUUUGUUUCAUCUAUGUUCUCUUUUUAUGAACCUCUGUUUCAUGUAUAUCUUGUUUUAUGCUCCUUUUGUACUAAAAAUGGAAAGUGCAAUAAAAUUGUCAGCCUGUAACAUAUUUUUAAAUCUAA